CUGACUUUUAGCUUGAGAACAACAUAAAGGAAAAUAUAAACACGUUUCCGAGUAAACUUCAUGUGACGGACAACAACAAUGGCAGAAGCUGUGCGAGAAAAGGCCAGUAAAUCCAAAGGAAAAAUUCAGAAAUCUAAAGAGAAAACAGCUGGGUUAGAAAAAGCAAGAGUUGAAGGAGAUGUAUCCUAUGUUGGAAUAGAAACAGGAAGGAAGAUUAUAACUGAUUUAGACAAAAACGUGGAAGCCAUUGGAGAAGAUGAAAAGAACAAAAUUCAGAUUGAGAAUCUGGUGGAUUUACUUCCAGAACCACCAAGAACUAAUCCUGAGACAGAAUUAAAUCAUGUUUCUGUGAGGAAAGAACUUUCAGAUCAGAUGGAAGUUUCAGUAGAAAAAGAAGCCCGAGUGGAAAUUCCAGUGGACCAAGAUCCUCCAGAUGUGGUGGAAAUUCCAGAAGAAAAUGAGCCUCCAGAUGAAGUGGAAAUUAUAUUAGACCAAAAGCCUCUUGAUGGAAAGGAAAUUCAGUCUGGUAAUGUAAUCAGUGAUGGAAGAAGUGAAGAGAGAAAUCUCCAGACAAAUCAAGGAGAACAGGGAAUAUCAAAGACUGAAAGUGUUACAGGGACAAGUAGUGUGUUUAUUUCAGAAGAAGUCAAAGACAAUCCAGACUUAAACAGGAGUGAUAGUGAGUGUUUUUAUUCGACUGUUUCUUCAAUUGAAGAUGGAGUUGGGGAUGAAAAGGUGUGUGCUGAUUCUCAACAAGAGUUAAAAGACAUGGAUAAGCAGCCAGAAGAAAUUGCUUCUAACGUGGAAGCAGAGAAAAAAAAUUGUGAUGAUGAAAUAUCAGAGGAAAGCAUAAUGACUAAUAAAGACAAAACUACUAAUGAUGUCAUGAAACCAUCCGAAGUCAAAAGGGAAUCUGAAACAGAUGUAACAGCGUUGGAUCAGAAAUCAUUAGUAUCCCCAGCAUCAGACACACUAUACCCCGUGUUAAACAAGUUUAUGGAACAAGUUUCAGUGAGCAGUGAAAAGCUUGAAGUCAUUUCUUGCUCUGUAGGUCCUUCUUCGGGGACUGCUUCAGCCCCCAGGCUGGAGGGCUCCACUGAGCGCGCACGUGAGGGACAGUCCAGGGGAGGGAUGGAGUCUCAGCGCCGUCUAAAGCCCCGACUACAGCCCUUUACCCGAGAACAACUGCAUAGCCUGUAUUACAAUGCACAAUUGGUCAACAACCCAGCUUUUAUCGACAGAUUUGUUCAGAAUGAGCUAAAAAGGGUAAAUCAUGAGUUUUAUGAGAUAUUGCUGAGUUAUCUGGGAGCAAGGCGACACUUUCUGAGUGCGGAGCAGGAGGUUAAAGUCCUACAGGAGGACUACCUGCAGUAUAAGGAGGAGAGCUGGCUGACCAUCAAACAGUCCAUGCCAGCCAAGGGACUGUGUGGUGAUGGAGCUUCCUGUAAGACAACACACAUGUACGAAUCAGUGGAAUUCCAGGAUGACACAUUCAUUGACUGUAAAAAGACCUUGACCUCAAUCCGACAUAACAUCCAAAAUCAGCUAGCUUUGUACUCCUACUCCUCACAGCUCGCCAGAUUACAGGUGGAAUCCUACAUUCAUGACUUGUUCAUGUCAUCGCCAGUAUUGAGAGAUAUCCCACAAAAUGCUCCAGUGCAGGCGGUACUUAGCCACAAGCCUGAUGUUCAGCACCAGGUGAAUAGACUCAGGGAUUGCAUUACUGUUCUGUUUGUCUUCCAUCGCCAGCCAAUCAAAGACCAGGACUUUGUCCAGAAUAUUAGAACAUGGACUCAAAAAAUGGUUUCAGCUUUGGUGAGAGUUGCAACAUACGACGACCACCUCUUUGUUUUAAACCACAUCUUACGAUGCCCAGCUGGCGUCAGUAAAUGGGGAACCAGCUUAAUACAGGUCCCAGCAUUCCCGGCCCAGCAUGGCGGCAAUCAGUCCCAGUUUGACAGUCCUGUCUUAAAUCACAUCCUCACAUGUCUUGCCACAGUUCUGUUGCCUAUCAAAGGCAGAGAGGAUUUUGUAGCCUUGAUGGGGAAGUGUUUAGCUGUGGAAGGGGGGAACCAGUCCAAUAACUGGAUAAUGGUCGACUCAGAUGGAGAGGAGGAUGAAGAUCCUAAGAAUGCUUGGUUGUAUCUCCAUGAAAAUGAUAUUGUGGCCAUUUUGAAUCAGCUGCAGAUGGCUGAAGUUUUCAAGCAUGUGUUGCUGAUGACUUCCAACCCAGAUGGUUCCCCGCGGUAUGACUGUCAUCAAACCUCAGAGCCUCUGUUCCUGAAACUGUUGGCUUUCUGUACGUGUUUUGUGGAUAUACUCGGGUGUGGGCUCCAGACCUAUAAUCUUCCCAGAUAUAAACAGCUCAACAAGAGAAUUGGCAGAAUGAUCAGAAUGACUGUACAGUAUGUGUCGGACCACUGGGAGAAUUUCCUAGAGCUGAACAAGAGAAGGCUGUCUCAGGAACAGCUUGGUCGGCUACAGCUGGAGUACAACAGCUUCUUCCAGAGAUGUACAAACACCAUUCUGUCUGCAGAAAAAUUGGGAUCAUGGCAGUUUAUGACAGACAUGCCAUAUUCCACUGUCUCCAAGGAGACCAUGUGGUUGUUGUUGUGGUCCAUGCAUCAGGGAAGAGGUCAGAAGGUCACGCCAUCAAAUACACCGACAGAAGAGGAGUGCAGGAGAUUAGUAGCUGACCCUGACAGCAAGUUACAGCUAGCAGACGUCAUUAAUCUCCUACCCACCUCAGAAGUUAUCUUCCUGCUUACAGCGCUGGCAAAUAUGGCUCAGUGUAGAAAGGCGGAGGAGACGGAAUUCAUUGAAGCAGUGGCAUUUGGGCUGUUUGAGAUCUGCUAUGUGUGCAGUCAGACGCGGGAGGCCUGCUCCAAGGUUGGUAGGGAGCUCCUAGUGUCAGUGGCCAAUGCUCACCCAUUUAUCCUGUCCCUCCUUGUCCAGGGCACCAAAGAUAACAUGGACACCAUCGGCUCGAUGGCUCUGUACCUGUUCCAAGCACUGCCAUUCUACCAGUGGAUUCCAUGUGAACCAGACAUCAUUGUCCUCAAGCAAUGGCUGAUGUCAUCUGACCUCACCCAGCCUCAAAACCAACUCACCAGGCAAGUCCUGGGCCAACUCAACUGGGGAGUUGAUCAAAAGACAAAAAGACUGUUCCUGCCAUAUGAGAUCCACAAACAGAUUGCUGUUUUGUUGACUGAGGCUUUUGGGAAAUUCAUCACCAACAGAAACAUGGGAUUUUACAUCACCGAAAGCUUCAAACAACUGGCUUCAGCCAUGAAACAACAGCAGACCAAUGAGCAGGUGUUUAACAUGUGGGCAUGGAACGUGGCCUUGAAGUUGCACCUCCAUCAGAGCAGUUUCCCAUCAGCUGACAUUGCAUUGGCUAACAUCAGUGGGGGCGUGCCUGUUCUAGCCAAUGACAAUUCACUUCUCCCAAUUAUGAAAGGCUUGAAGGAGAAAAACAGCAUGGCUUCGUACAUGUCCCUAGUGAUUUCAAGAUUUGGACAUACAGAUGCUGAUUUCCUGGGGGAGGGGCUUGACCAGCUGGUGAUCCUGACAGAGAACUAUCACUCCCUGCCCGCCCUCCACGUCAUCAGAUACACCGCCCCACUGUUUGUCAACAAACCACAGGCUCUGAUCCAGAGUGACAAGUUCCUGAAAGUUGUACAGUUACUUCUUUCUGCUGAUGAAUCUUUCAUGAAGUCUGCAAAAAGUUUAUGGUCACAUGACUUUCCUGGACCAAUCACUGAGAAUUUUGCAAACAUGAUAUUGAAUCAAGCUUGUGGUGUAGAUGGAGUGGAGACAGACUCCUCAUAUCAGUUACAGAUGCUGACCUUGUGGAUCCAGGUCCUGACAAAACAACCCAAGUGGUACCAGGACAAAAACGCUUGUUAUAUCCUGGAUCAGAUGGUUGAGAUGGGGUUUAGCACGGAUGAGGGCAUGGUAAUGCUGCAGUCAGUAUUCAAGGAAGCAUUUGUUAGCCACUACAAGGAGAGUCAGCAGCAGGGCGGGGUGGCGUCCUUUGUAAGCUGGGUGUCCUCGGGGGUAACCUCUAUCCCUGUCCUGUCCCUCACAGAGAAGCUGUCUGCCCCCCAGCAGUUUGGCUGGCUGUCCUAUCUCAUCCUUGACAUGGAGACAAAGGCAGAGGAGAGUACUCAACUAUGGCCUUGUCUAAGGACAGAGAUGGCGAAUGACCAAAAGCAGAACUUGGAUCAGGCAUUAAAGAAAUGUGCAAUAAAGCUGAAGUUAGAGUUUGCCCCCAGCCUGAAUAGCCUAGCCAUCUAUCAGUGGUCCAAGCUAGCUGUUGCCAUGGAGAUGGACCAUCCACUUCUUCUGCUGGUCUGGCAGAAGUUUUUUGUCUUGUUUCUGGGACGGCAAGUCUCACAAACCACAAUGCAGCAAAGGGCCAGUAUUGGUGAGAAGUUCUUUGAGAGUUCCAAACAUUCAGGGGACUUGAAGAAAAUGAAAAAAAGACUGGGAGAAACAGCUGAUUUUCACAUGAAAUAUUACUCAGAUGAUUCUCCAGACUCUACUGCUGGCCAGAAAUAUGUUCCAGACAAAGACUUCCAUUUGUCUUUAUCAAGGAUGUACCAGACACUACAGCUGUGGGUACAGGAACCCAUGCUCCACGACUCCAAGCUCUACCUCCCCGCCCUCCCACAGCAGUACCAGGCCGACAGACUACUGCAGCUCUUCCAGAACCAAAAGGAACCCUGGAUGGAGUUUGUGGAUAUAAACAGAAUAAAGCAUGAGAUCAAAGUAUGGUCCGGGACCUGGACAGAUCAUGUGACAUCAUCCUCUGGACAGAGGAGAGGGGAGAUGUCCAGGAAGCCAGAUAGCUCUGCCACGGAGAGAAUUCUGGGAAGACUGAGCCACCAUGAACCUGGUAAGGAGCUGCCAGUUCUACAGCCACUGAAGGCUCUUGUUCCUGACAUUAGUACCGCCAUUCUGGACGAGAAAGCUGCUACCCUUCAUCUCCUGAAGUCCGACCUGAACAACCUGAAGGAAUAUGCAAGAUCAUUCCACAUGCGUGUUGUUAAGCAUGUCGCUCUAGAUGAGGAAUUCUGCAGACUUUACUCCCAACUCUAUUAUAACAAAUCCAAACAGGUGAAGGUGACAAUAGAGUGUAAAAGUAUCCUUAACCCUCUACACAAGUGUUCCAAUCCAGCUGUUGUCAACCUGAAUGUACAGGAGAAAGCGUUUGAUGAGAUCAUUCAGAGACAGACUGAUGAGAACCGGGCCGAGUACAAACAGCUGAUGAUUGAGGGCCUCUCUCCCCCGCCGCUCAGCGUGUGUAUCGCUGCUGUGCAUGUAGAAAAUGCAAUCACUAUGUUGGUGAAGCUGGCCCGGAGGACAACUGAUGAUGGUCGACUGGUUCGCUACACAGACAUCGCCUGUACGCUCUUCUUCCUGUUGGCUGAGAUGAUCAAUGAUGACAUUGAAUUCUACCCUCCCACGCGACAGUUCUACACCGCAUGUAUUGACAUGCUUGGGAAGGAGUUUAUUGAAAAAGACCCGUCCCAGACAGAGAUUGUUCUCCAGUUCUCUCUGAACUCGCCGGCCAUGUCGGGCCUGAUGUCCCCACACUUUGUGCCGAUCAACAACCCCCACACGUACGUGACAAUGUACGAGCGACUGGUCCAGAUCCUACAGCAGCAGAACCCAGACCUUGUCUUCAUGCUCCUCACCAAGUUUGAGAUUGAUCAGUGGCUACAAACUUGGUCCCCCGCCCCUAUAGAAGUAAAGAGGUUCGUGGACAUACUGGCCACCGGCCUGUACAGCUGUGGCAUUGAUCCUGAUAGCAAACAUGGAAUGGUUUUUGAGAUAUACUGCAAGCAUUUACGUGCAGUCUUAGUGCAUAAUUUUCCACUGAACCUCAAUUAUGUUCUGAACUUGGUUCUCAAUGGUACUGCGGAACAGAAGAUACAUCCCAAAUGCUGGCAAAUUCUGCAUACACACUGCUUUUAUAACAGAGAAGGGGAAAACACCUUGAAGGAGACUGACAUUGGUUCCGACAUUUCUACUGAUCAGACGAAGCAGUGCCUGUCCACCAUUGGCUGUUUCUUCCUCCAGCUGAGGACCUCAUCACCAGACUUGGGAUCAUUUGGACUGUAUCCCAGCACCACUCUGUACACCUCACACAUCACUGAGGUCAUCCAGGACCUCAUGAUCAGCUUCAUCAACAAGGUCCUCCCCACUCUUCAGGAUAGUAGCCCAGCUCAGGUACUAGAUUUGAUUUGGCAAACACUGAUCAUGUCAUAUGCUGCAUGGAUUCAACCACUGCAAACAGAAACUUCCCCUUUGUUACCAUGGAUACAAGCUGAUUGUGAGGCUGGAAAGAAAAUGGUGGAAUCUUUUGUUUUUGUGAUCCAGUAUCUUCACCAGAUAUUCCAUGACUUGAUCCCUCCCUACCAGCCCGACCCCCUGAUCAGGGUGUGGCUGUACUUCUGUGAUGUGCUGUGUAACAAACAGGUCCCUGCCCAUGUUACCAAUGUAUACAACAUGGGGUUUGCACAAUUACCAUGGGAACAACUCAAACCUAACACACAAGUUCUUAAUACAAUGAUGCAGUUGAAGGACCAGAAUUGUCCAGAGAGCUUUGACCUGUUGGCGCAUGUGGUUUGUCAGCUGAACUGGACAGACAUUGUGAUUCACUACAGCCAGUGUUAUGGCAGGCAGGGGACCAGUCAAGUUCUGGCCUGUGUGCUGCUUCUACUGGUGCAGUGUUACGGGGAUCAGAAACAUGUGGAGAUCCCUAAUUUGGAGCAAAAGACACUAAUUGCCGAGAAGUAUGACUGGUCUGCUCUAACUUCAGACAACUACAGACAUGCCAGUAACUGGUUCUUGCAGACAUGUGACCCGCGAUGUGUUUUGGCAGAAAGAUCUUCCUCCUCUGCCUUAGGUUUAAGGUUGUUAAAGGCAGCAUCAGGUUUCAAUGUCCAGUCUUCCCUGAGCUGGAGCUCCGACCUCUCACUGAAGCGACAGUGUUACAUACACAGCGUGGUACAGCUGAUGUGUCAGUGUACGUUUGAGGCAGACGUCAAUCUGGACACGGUCUCCCUGAUCCUGAUGAAUCUCCUCACAGAGGUGGAGACAGUCACAAGCUCCAUAACGGACACUCGUAUUCAGGAAGAGGAGAGUCUGGACUUGUCCAAGGAGAUUUUCGCUCUCCUAAAUAAUUGUAAUCCUGAAAACAACUCAGUUUCCAUUGUCAUGACAACAAUCAUCCAAUGGCUGCAGUCCUCUCCCAGGAGCAUUCUGUUGAUGCCCUGUGUGCGUGUGGCUUCCCGGUGCCUGGCUUCUCAUAAGCACAUUGUCAACAUUGUAGAGGAGUGUAUCCAUGUAUAUUUCAAAGGAGGAAUGGAUCAAGUAGCAGGAGGGGGCUGGGACCAUGUGUUAGCUGCCAUGCAGAUUCCUGAUCUCAAUAUUGAGGACUUCCUGCAAACCGCGCUAGACGAGGGAACCUUCCUGUUGUUGUACGGGUAUAUUGUACAGAAACUCCCCCUGUGUCAGCAGUUACUGGAGGAGCAGGCUCUGAUUGGUCGGCUCCUAAACUGGAUCACUGUUGCCAAACCUUUACAGGAGGAUGAGAGCAAACUGUUGCUGCUGUGGUACAAGAGCCUGGAGCUGAUCCUGAGACAGCUGGACUAUGGUGGUAACCAUGCUGCCAUCAUCAAGAUGCUCUCCUCCCUGGUCACCUCACUCCACCUGAUGGGUGAGGACCGGGCCAGCGGGGGGUUGUUGGGGGCCAUAGGACUCGGCAAACGGUCCAGUCUCUCUUCCGAGUUUCGUAUAUCCUGCCGUGCCUUGGCAGCCAUGAUAACCCUACAAGUUUAUGAUGAAAUGAGACUACGGUUACAACCAGGACAAUCCUUGGCCAGCAAUGGAGCUACCAAACAGGAAGUAGGAGCUCUUCUGUCAAUGAAAUCAAAUAAACUCUAUCAGUCUUAUAAAAAUGAAAUAGAAUUACUGUGCGAUCUGGUUCAGAAUGAAAACUAUGGAUUGCGUCAGACACUGAACUUAAUUCACCAAAUAUCGGAAAUGUUCUACAAGGAAAAAGAAUAUCUGUCUAUAUUACACUCAGCUCAUAGACAAUGAUGUUUGCAACAUUUGCAGGGAAAAUAAUCAGUUAAAUUUGCAUAAUUGACAAUACAUGUACAUGUACUGAGGAAGUUAUAUUAAUUUAACUGCUAUAUUUAUACUCAGGCUGUUAUAAGAUAAAUUACCCUACAGAAUAUUUACCAAUGUUUAACUUUGUGACAAAAAAGAAAAUUUGAAGUCAUGAAUGAAUAUAAUAAUAGAAUUAUGAUCAAGAUGAUCACAGGUUUACAUUUAUUUCAUGUUUAACAUGAUUUUAAAAAGGGAUAAUUGGCCAUUAAUCUACAUGUAAUUCAUAUUAUGACAAAAGAGAUACUGUAAACGUACUACAUUGGUGGUGUAUUCUUAUUUAGUGCUUUUGGUGGAAUGCAGCCCUCUGCUAAAUCAAGUACAUUGCUAAAUCUAUGUAUAAGAAUAGUCACAUUCAGGAAUAAGCUAUUUCAAAUCCAUGCCAACUUGUUCGAAAACUAAUUUCCACAAAAUAUCGUACACGCCAAAUACAAUAUGUUUACAGUACUCUUGUCCAGGUAGGAGUUAAUCGGUAUAUUCAUUUGGUGCUAUAUAUACAUAUAUAUAAGUAGGGGUAGAGUACAUUUAGUUAGUAUUAUUUUAUGCAAUAACUUAUUAGGGAAUUGAGAAAGUAUGAAUAGAUAAAACUGUUAUGGUUUUUCGGUAAAUGCUUGUGACUUUUUUAUUUAGUCAAAUAUGCUUCAUUAGGAGGAAUAUUUUUUUCUCUAUCUGUGUUAUUUCCUGUACUAGUUCUUUAUGUAUAUUGUUAUGAUGAUAUAUACAAUGACAUGUAGUGACUCUCCCUUUAUUUAUGUGAUACAGACUGUUUAAAAGGAAUUAGGUAGACUUUUGUUGAUCUUUCUCUUUCUAAUGAAAGUGGAAUGGAGUAUUCAUUUUCAUUGAGUUUUGUCAUUUGUGUUUACUGUACCAAAUUAUCUGUGAAUGUCAGUUGUAUGCAAUUUGUUGUGCCCAGAACUAUGUCUUUCAUUUGUAAGUACAUUGUAGUACAUUGUACUAAUUGUUAUCCCAACUAAUUAUUAAGUUAAUUGCUCUUAUCUUGUAUUUACUUGGACAACACAUGUACAUGAAGACCAAAAUUACAUCACUUUAAACUAUUUAUUAAUCAUUAAUGUAGUCUUUAGAGCAUUAAUUCAGUUUUACAUUCAAGUCCAAUGAAAUAUGAAAGAACUGGCCAAGCAAGCAGUUCCUCUGAUUAACAUGUCUGAUUAAUUGAAGGGAAAAUAUUGUAUUUAUCAGAUUGAAUUACACAUUCAUAUGUUAAUGUAUUUAUAUGUACCCGGUACUGAAAUUAUUGUCCAUGGUGUAAAUGAAUUUUCGGUGACAUCAACUGAAACAGCUUCAUCUCUCUUUUGUUUUUGAUUUUUUGGUUAAAUAUCUAUUAAAGACAAAAAUUUAUCUUUCAUAUCACAUAUUUGCCUCCAUGUGCAUAUUAUACAUGUAUCUCCCACAUGAUUUAAUGAUGUUACACAGUGACGAUUUCACCUAGAACAGUUGAUAUGACAUUACUAUUCCUUACAUCCCAAAAAAAUCGUCACACCUCAGUGGAUAAAAAUCAUAUACCAUCAAUGGUAAUGAGAGAUAUUUAUAUAAUUAUGCAACAUUGAAAAAUUAGCAUUAUAGUCCUGUAAUCUUUCUGUCUUUAUUGAGAUCGAGGUACAAAUUUUUCCAUGAGUAACAUUUAAAGAACUACCUGUAUGUGUGUUCAUUGAUGGUAGAUGUAUUAUUCUUUUGCUUUAUAUACAUGUUUUUUGGUUAUGUUUUGAAAUUAUAAAAAAAAAGCAUUCAGAUUUGAA